AUGCAUUCACUCUCUCCUCAUCUCUCUCUUUCCCUCUCUCUCCCCAUCUCUUUCUUUCUCUCUCUCCUCCUCUCUCUCUUUAUCUUUCUAUCUCUCUUUCCCUCUCUCUCCAUCUCUUUCCUUCUCUCUCUCCUUCUCUAUCUCUCUAUCUUCCUAUCUCUCUCUUUCUCUCUCUGCUCAUCUCUCUCUUUACCUCUCUCUCCCCAUCUCUUUCCUUCUCUAUCUCCUCCUCUCUCUUUCUUUAUCAUCCUAUCUCUCUCUUUCCCUCUCUCUCCUCAUUUCUUUCCUGCUCUCUCUCCUUCUCUCUCUCUAUUUUCCUAUCUCUCUCAUUCCCUCUCUCUCUCCCCAUCUCUUUCCUUCUCUGUCUCCUUCUCUAUCUCUCUAUCUUCCUAUGUGUCUCUAUCUUUCUCUCUCUCCUCAUCUCUCUCUUUCCCUCUCUAUCCCCAUCUGUUUCCUUCUCUCUCUCUCCGUAUGUCUCUCUUUCCUUCUCUCUUCCCAUCUCUUUCCUUCUCUCUUUCACUCUCUCUCUCUCUUUAUCUUCCUAUCUCUCUCUUUCCCUCUCUCUCUCUCCCCACUUCUUUUUUUCUCUGUCUACUUCUCUAUCUCUCUAUCUUCCUAUCUCUCUCUUUCCCUCUCUCCCUCCGCAUUUCUUUUUUUCUCUGUCUACUUCUCUAUCUCUCUAUCUUCCUAUCUGUCACUCUUUCUUACUCUCUCUCCCUCUUUCUCUCUCUCUCUUACUCUCGGUGUAUCCCUGUUUCCUUUUUACUGGCUUUUUUUCUAUUAUUUUUUCUGCAUUUUCAUUUUGGCGACACAAUUCUACUAUCGUCACCACCUAAUCACAUAUGA